UACAGUUGUAUUUUGCAUAACUUCAUACUCUCUUCUUUCUACUUCUUCCUUUUUGUUGAAUGUAAAUUCUCUCUUUUGAAAUUUUAGAGUAGUGAGAAUGGCUGCCGGGACUUUGUACACUUAUCCUGAAAAUUUUCGUGCCGCUAAAGCUCUCAUCGCUGCACAAUAUGCGAAGACAUCUGUCAAAUUAGCUCCAAAUUUCGUUUUUGGAGAAACCAAUAAAACCAAGGAAUUUACGGAUAAAUUCCCGAGCGGCAAGGUGCCUGCUUUCGAGUCCAAUGAUGGAAAGUGCCUACAGGAUAGCAAUGCUAUCGCUUAUUUCGUAGCUGAUGACCAGUUGAGAGGCAAAAAUGAGUUUGACAGGGCUCAGAUUUUACAGUGGAUUGGUUUUGCUGAAGGUGAGGUUUUACCCCCGGUCUGUGCUUGGGUAUUUCCCGUUAUUGGCAUCCUCAAAAACACUGGUAGCAAUCAGGAAGCAUCUCAAAGAGCGAAAGAAGACAUGAAGGCUGCACUCACUAUUCUCAAUGCCCAUUUGCUCACCCGUACUUAUUUGGUUGGAGAGAGGGUCACUCUUGCUGAUAUAGUAGUAGCUUGCAAUUUACUGAAUGCCUACAAGUAUGUCCUUGAUCCCGACUAUAGGAAGCCAUUUGUUAAUGUGAAUAGAUGGUUCAACACCCUAGUAAACCAACGGGAAUUCAAAGAGGUUCUUGGUCAAGUAGAACUUUGCAGUAAACCAGCUCAAAUUGGUGCCGUUAAACCAGCAGCUCAAGGCAAAGGAAAGAAGGAGGAAAAGAAACAGGAGAAGAAGAGUGAAAAGAAACAAGAGAAGAAGCAAGAGGCUCCCGAACCAGAAGAGCUAGAAGAAGAGAAACCCAAGAAACAAGAGGAUCCUUUCGCAGCUAUGCCCAAAGGUACUUUCGACAUGGACGAUUUCAAAAGAUUCUACUCCAACGAAGAAGAAAGCAAAUCCAUCCCAUACUUCUGGCAGAAAUUCGACCCAGAAAACUACUCCAUAUGGUACUGCGAGUACAAAUAUCCUGAAGAACUCGCCAAAGUCUUCAUGAGCUGCAACCUCAUAACCGGCAUGUUCCAGAGGUUAGACAAAAUGCGUAAGCAGGCGUUUGCGUCGGUAUGUCUUUUUGGAGAAGACAACAACAGCACCAUUUCGGGCGUUUGGGUGUGGCGAGGCCAGGAACUUGCUUUCCCGUUGAGCCCCGAUUGGCAAAUAGAUUAUGAAUCAUAUGACUGGAAAAAACUAGAUGCUAGUUCCGAAGAAACUAAAAAAUUAGUGGAGCAAUACUUCUCUUGGACCGGUACCGACAAAGGCGGUAGAAAAUUCAAUCAAGGCAAAGUUUUCAAAUAACUUUUAUUUGAUUGUAUGCUAACGAUUUGUUAUAUACUCUGUAUGUUUGAGAUGAAAAAUCAGGGCUGUUUUUUAUUUUACAAUUUUUUAAAACAAAAUUAUUGACUUUUCAAUGGAAGACUUAACGUGCUUUGAUUUUGACAGAAUUCUGAAUAAAAAUUUUGAAAAUUU